AUGAGUUCAGGACCUAGACUAGUCAGCAAUGCUGCAGCCAGGAGGCUCCUGUUACAAUCAUUCCCUCGCCCCUCACACUCUUCGCUUCUCAGCGUCUACUCCUCUCGGUCCAAGUUCGCCAGAGACCUCCCCCCUAAACUCUCCGCACUGGCUAUUGCUUUACCGCAGAGAAAUUAUGCAACAGAGACCACCUCGCAUGGCCCUGGCAGUGGACCUCCUCCCGGCUUCAAUAUUGACCAGGCCAAGAAACCUCUGCCGAAGGACGAGACCAAGAAGCCAUCCGAAGCAUCGUCUACUCCUACGGUCGCGGAGCUGAAGAGGUCUGAUGAGCAAAUCCGUGUCCCAAGAACAAAGGCGACUGCGACCGCUAAGACCAGGGCCUUGGAAAACGCCAGUCUCAACGAGCUAGCAGCUGAAAAGGCUGCUGCAGCUCAGUCCGAGAAGGAGCAUGCCACGGAACUAGCGGCCAAAAAGGAGGAAACCAAGAAACUCACGAUUGGCCAAAAGAUAAAAAAGGAACUCCAACAUUAUUGGGACGGGACGAAGUUGUUGGCCGCCGAGGUCAAAAUAUCCUCGAGGCUUGCGUUAAAAAUGGCCGCAGGGUACGAACUCAGCCGCCGAGAGAAUAGACAGCUGCAACGGACAGUUCAAGAUCUGGGCCGCCUGGUACCGUUCUCGGUUUUUGUCAUAGUCCCCUUCGCAGAAUUCCUGCUCCCGGUCGCGCUGAAAUUGUUCCCGAAUCUGCUGCCCUCGACAUUUGAAGGCCAGAAAAGCCGCGAAGCCAAGGCUGCCCAUCUGAGGGAAACGCGCAAACAAGUUUCUGCCUUCCUCCGCAAUACGCUUCGUGAGACCGGCCUCCCAGUCUCUGCCAUCAACGCCAGGAAAGAAGAGUUUACCGAGUUCUUCCGCAAAGUCCGUGCCACGGGUGAAUCUCCUUCCAGAGAAGAUGUCAUCAAGGUCUGCAAGAUCUUCAAGGACGAUUUGACAUUGGACAAUCUAUCCAGACCACAAUUGGUCGGCAUGUGCAAGUACAUGAACCUCAACACCUUCGGAACAGACGCUAUGUUGCGGUAUCAAAUCCGCCACCGUAUGCGCCAGAUCAAACGUGACGACAAAGCUAUCUCCUUUGAAGGCGUCGACUCUCUCUCCGUACCUGAACUUCAAAUGGCAUGCGCGUCCCGUGGUCUUCGGACCCAUGGCAUGUCGCCCGGCAGGUUGAGGGAGGAUCUGCAAAUGUGGCUCGACCUGCGUCUCAAAUAUAACAUCCCGUCAACGCUUCUGGUACUCAGCAAUGCGUACAUGUACACGUCGGCCAAGGACAGCGAGAUUGAUUCGCAAAUUGAUGCGCUGCAAGCUGUGCUUAGUUCCAUUCCAGAGGAAUUAUUCCACGAGAUUGAACUUGAAGUCCACAAUGCAGAGGGAGCGGCUACAAAUAAACAACGUCUCGAGGUGUUGAAGGAGCAGCAGGAACUGAUCGAAGAAGAGAACGAGCAGGCCGAGUCAAGUAAGCAGACGGCAGAGACUAAGGGCGAUAAGAGCUCCAGCUCGACAGUUAAGGAUGAUAAAGACAUCGACGAGAGACCCAAGCCCAAGCCUGCUGAUGCUCAACAGGAGGCAAAGGAAGCUGGGGCGGCGAAAGAGGCCGGAGAGGCCGAACAAGAUGUCACGGAGCAAGGGAAGCAGGAGGAGGUACAGAAGGCUCCCGAAGUCAAGAAAGACUAG